AACCAAAGCUCAAUCUUUCCCACAUGGUGUUUGAUUAAAUGUCUAACAUAUAUCUAUAUAUAAACUGUAUAGUGAAAAAUAACAGCAUGCUGGACAUUUUAUACUGAAUACUCUGUGCAAAAAUCUCAUGCAGUGCAGCAUGUCGAGCCUGAGCCCAUCACCUGAUGAUGAUCGGCUUAGCAACUUGCAUGUGGCAUUGAAACAAACCAUCCUUGACCUCAUGCCUAUUCGUGAUGCUGCGAGAACAUGUACUUUGUCGAAAGCUUGGAGGGAAACGUGGACAAUGCGACCCUGCCUGGUUCUGAAUAAGCUGUUUUACUUGCAAGUGAUUAGUAACAAAAACGAAGAAGCAGAGCAGCUGUCUGCAUUUUCAUCAGCACUCGACAAGAUCUUUGCGGUCCAAACUGGCCCCAUUGUGGAAACUGAAAUCUACAUCCCGCCCAAACUUGAAAUCCAUCAUAUCCAUCACUGGGUUCAGCAUUUAACAGAGAAGGAUGUUGAGGUGUUCAGACUUGAUAAUUCGGAAAACGAUGCUUGCUUACUUCCCUCAGUUUUUUUCGAUUUUGCAAAGUUGAAAGUGUUAGAACUUGAUAAGUGGAUACUGAGCCCCCCACCUGAAUCUAGAUGCUUCUCUAAUAUAGUCUCUGUGGAUCUCCUUCGUGUUUCGAUCUCUGCUCCUGUAUCAUUCGGGUCCCAACUGCAGGAUCUGGAAUUGCGCGUAUGUAAUGGCAUUGAACAUCUGGUCUUCGCCAAUAUUAACAAUCUCAAAACGCUGAUUAUUGGUAUGAGUUCAAAAAUAGAUUGGCGAUGGCUCGAAAACGCAAAAAACCUGGAACGUUUUGGUAUUGUGUUGACUCAUGCAGAUUUCAUCCAGAGUAAAUCUGUCAAUUUCAUCAAGCUUCUUAGCAAUUGUACAAGAAUCAAUCUUCUUCUCCUCCAUGAUUUUCUCCUUGAGAUAUUGGGACCGGAUCCCUUUACGUUGAAGACACAUGCGACAAGGAUGGUGAACUUGAAGACGCUAGAUCUCCGUGUUCUUUCAUUUAACUUGCUUCGGAUUUCAAAUUUUCUUUGCUUGAUCAGAAAUCUUCCCAACCUGGAAAACCUUAUAGUAACACUGGAUUUCAAAGUGACGAGAUCAAAUUCUGUAGACUCCGCAAUUGAACGUCAUUUGGAAGCACUAGACUGGGAAGAUGUGGUACUAGACAAACUUCAAAUUGUGCAAAUACUUGGUGUAAUAGGUGUAAGGUCUGAGCUUCAAUUUUUAAAGAUUCUACUCACAUCUUCCCCAUCGCUUCAAGAGAUUUCAGUUUUCUGCAGCACAGCAAUUAGUAAUCCCAAUGAAAAAUUGAGGAUUAAACAAGAGUUCUUGCAGUUAUUAAAAAAAAUCCCAGCAAGAACCACUUUUCUGGCAUAAUUAGCUGCUUGGGAUUUGGGGUGGACACAUGAGAGCUCAUCUAAUUGGGAAAGUGUUGCCGAGAAUUGUCAAUGUAUCAGUCUGGGCAUGCAUGUGUCUGCGUGUUUAGGGAGAUCUACAGUGUCAAAGUGUGUAUGUUUAGGAGAUUUUUAGAGUGGAUGUUUUCUGUGUGUGUUCCCUGUUUUGAAUUCUAGUAUCCUGGAGAUUUUUACUUAAUCUA